UUGCGAUAUCUUAUUUUUCUUAAUCAAAUUUAUUAUAAUUUUGAUUUUAACUAGUCAAUGAAAUAUGGAAAGCAGUUCUCACCUGGAUGAUCUAGAUUUUCAAAAUGUAGCAAAAUUAAAUUUAAAUAAAGUCAGCUCCGGAAUUUCAAAGAUGGGAUAUUCGGACGGAAUUACAGAAGGACGAGAAGUAAUGUUUCAGAAAGGGUUUGAUUUUGGAUAUAAAGAUGGACUAAAAACAGCUUUGGAAAUCUCAAAAUAUGAAGCAGCUGCUAAAAUGUUAAUUGGUAAAAGCAAUAACGAUGAAUUAGUGAGGGAAAUACAGAAAUACCGCCAAGAAAAGUUUGAUGAACGUUAUAAGGCAAAAUAUUUUAAAUGUAACAAUAGUAAAGAUUUACAGUAUGACAUUGUUUCAAGUCAACAUAAUAGUCUCUUGGAUAAGGAAAAAGAAAUAUUAAGAGCAAAAUUUCCAAAUUUUAGUAAUUUAUUAGGAUAA